AUGUUUACCCACGUACAAGUAAUACUCUUAACUCUAGCCGUUAUUUACUCAACAAACGAUAUCGAUAUAACAGAUUCCGGCAUUUUACCCAUCGAAGAAGACGACAUGGCCAUCAUUUUCUAUCUCACCGUGAAGAAUCAAUGCGACAAAAACUUGGAGAUAACGAUCGCCAUGAACGAAUGCUGCGACUUGUCCAAGCCGGAGGAGAACAAUAACUGCAACAUGUACCUAAUCGGCGGGUACAUGGGCGUGUUGAAAGCGCAAGAAACCAGAAAUGUCACGCUAAUCAACCCGAACAUGUACACCUAUUUCAGGAAAGGCACUUGCUCGAUAUCGGUGAUAUACAGAAGCUCCAAAUUCGAGCGAAUAGUCACGAAAAUCGUCGAUUUCCAAACCAACAGCACCGAAGAAGGUCGAGACAUCUGCCCCACCUGCGAUACAGAUCCCACAGACAACUGCAACCAAGUCGACUGCGUCAUCAAAUACUUCGGCGAAAAGAGCUACUUCAAUCCUUCCACCAAAGAAUGCGAAAGCGUCCCCGUCUGCGUCGACAACCCCGCUUACCACGAACUAAUAGCCUACUCCUGGUUAACCAACAACUGCAUGAAUCUCAACAACACCAUCACCAAAUACGACUUGGAAUACCUGGAGAACAACAUGGCAGAUUCCAGCGAUGGUGAUGCAGUCACGUUUACGAACGUAAUCUGCCAUCACGGUGACCUAUCGGCGGACGGCGACUGCCAGUGCUCGGGCACCUGGAGAACGUCCCUCUUCGAAGACGACGUCUACGAGCCCUCGUUGUUCCUCUACCACAUGUGCAACAUCGAGCCGGGCGGCUGGAAUUGCGUGAACCGCAACCGAAUCGAAGCCACCGCCUUGAUAAUAGCCAUACUCUCCUUCACGGUGGCCACCAAGGUGCUGAUACUGAUGUGCCUGUUGAACUGGUGCUACAAGUACUUCCGCAAGGCCAAGAAGCCGGUGGUGUGCGCCGAGGAUCCCGACGAUUGCGCCAAGUCCUUCGUACUCUCCGAGAGCUCGAAGAGAUCGUCCAAUCGAUGCGUUUGCGGGGACUUCAAGAAGGCCAAGUUCGAUUCCUCCAACCAGAAGAACGCCGACGUCGCUUACUAUCCCGGAGGACGUGGAGCCGCGGAGUUUCGCAUAAAGUCCGAUUACUGCGUGCAUUUGAGCCAGAGUUCCACCAACGAGACGGCGGAUACUUUCGAAAGCGAAAGCGACGCCGCCAGUUGCUCGGAGACCAGCGAUUAUGAGAUCGAUUUUUCCGGCGAUGAGGAGGAAAAUGAGAGGAUCGAGGGUCAGGAGAACGAUUCUACGGAGGAAAUCGAAGAUAGCAAGAAAGAUGAAAGCGACAGGAAAAUAAAAUUUCACGAAGGUGAGAACGCUCGGAAGGCAGGUAGUAACGUUUAA